AUGGCUUCAAAAGUUCUCAAGGAGCUACUCAAUCGCAAUGCUAAAAUUGUCGAAAAUUACAAGGCGCCACCUUCCCUGGUGCCAAUGGUCCAGGCGACUCGCGAAAGCGGAGCAGGCACAAUCAUCUUGAGCUGCUCUGAUCCGCGUCUCAACCCCUAUCAGAUAUUCGGUGUCGAUUCCACUAUCAAAGGCGUCACCAUGGUACGAAAUGCUGGAGGUCGUGCCAUGGAUGCCAUCAGGUCAAUCUCUAUUCUUCAAACCAUCGGCAACGCGAAAACAGUUGUUGUCCUCCAUCACACAGACUGUGGAAUGACCCAUUACCAUGACGCAACAAUCAAGGAGGCUCUGAUCGAAAUUGCACCUCAGGAGAAAGACACUAUCAAUGCUUCCAAAUACGGCGAAAUCGCAGGACUAAUCGAGGAUAGUGUGAAAGAAGACGUGGAUCUUCUAAGCUCUUCACCCUUCAUCCUGCCUGGAACCUCAAUUGUGGGACUGAAGUUGGAUAUUUUCACUGGCGCUAUUACGAAGGUUACUGAGGCCAAGACUGAAGAGCAUUGA